AUGUCAAAAAGUGUAAGUUUUAAGCCGAUCAACCCCUCUGAACCAACGGAUUUUGAUGUCAGUCCGCGACUGCGACUGUGGUCUGUUGGUGCAAAUGGAAUUCUGAUCGCUUCCGCAUCCGGUGUGAUUUUGUCCAUUCUCGCCACAUACAUUCAUCGGCCAUGGUUGGGGUUGAUGAACGCAUUGCACGAGAUGAUCAGCGCUCAUAUGACUCUGGGAUUAUUGCUUGUUCUCGGCGUGAUAUCUGUCGCACUGGGUGGAGUUGGACUUUAUACGAUACGAAAACGGUCAUCCCUCAUAUUGGGUCUACAAAUUUUUGCUCUGAUAUUCCUGGCUGUGUUGGAGGUUGGCGCAUUGUACGGUUUCCUGACGCACUGGCUGACCAAUCUAACUCUUGGAGUGACGUAUGCUGUUCAAUCAUUUCGACCGGGUCAAAUGGAUCCGGCCAGUAUAGCAGCAAUUCAAAGCAUUCUGCAUUGUUGUGGUCGAAGUUCUUAUGAAGAUUACUUCAUUGCCAAUGAAGAUAUUCCAAUGAACUAUGUUCCGUUCUCCUGCUGUGAUAUUUACAAACACGGUUCAGAAACCUGUCAUAACGCUUCUCUGACGACUAUGAAGGGGCGGGUCGGCAAAGCUCCCGAGUACGGCGUGGAUACAAAUCAGCUGAUUAUCCCCAAACACAUGGCUUUCGAUCGCGGAUGCCAAAGUUCACUCUACACUACAGUUCUCCCUUUACUGCUGAUCUUAUUUGGUGCGUUGCUUUUUUUCAACCUGUUGACUGCCAUAUCUAAUGGUGUUUACCUACACUACAGUUCUCAAGCAGAAAUGGACUCGAUUGAGUUCGUCGACGCGGCGCUGCGGGGUGAAUGUCAGUAA